GGGACAGAUGAUCCCAUUUGGGUGAGAGGGAUGGGUACUUUUUAACUUUCCAAAUUGUGUUGAUCAAAUUGUACAAUUGGCGCAAGAAAGCGGUUUCCGUUUAAGAAGCACGACUUUUGCAAGGACUUUGCCCCAUCAUAACAACCGUAUAGCGUACGCGCUACUUUUUAAAAGUUGGUUGCGGUUGGAAGAGGCGGCAACAUUUGGAAUUGAAAAUUAAAUCCUCUCUCUCUUUCUUCGCCUGUACGAUUGCUGGAUCAAUUCGAAGAUCACACUGAUUUUAGUCUGGAAAUCAGUUCAGGUUAGUAUGACAAGUGUCCGCGAGCAAUCAAUGGACAUUUUGGAGAAUUCGUAUGUAGUUUAGGGUUAGGUUGCGCGCAUAUUUCUUCGUGAAAUCAUAGGAAAUAACGCUUCGCCUGCUGCUGCUGCUGCCGCUGCUUGUAGAUUUUGGCUUGCGUGGAAUGAAAUUAUUGAUCCAGGGAAAAAAUGUUGAGAUCUACCUAUCUGAAGACUGUUGAAUCCAACAUAGACAGAGCGCUGCUUUAUGAUUCAUUGGAGGUGGAAAUUGUCGAGUCUGAUCUUGAAUUAGAUAAUUCUGAUGUUGUGGAGCCUGACUAUGACUCCCCACCUGAGAUGGGCGAUCCUUCAGUUGAAGUGACUGAAGAAGCUCGAGAAGCUGCACUAGUACAAAAAUCAAUGGCCAUGGAUGCAAUCCUUGAAGGUAAUCUCGAUAAGGCCAUAAUUCUUCUAACAGAAGCAAUCAUAUUGAAUCCAAAGUCAUCAAUGUUGUAUGCUAGCAGAGCUAGUGUGUUUGUUAAACUGAAGAAACCAAAUGCUGCAACCCGUGAUGCUGAUGCUGCGUUGAAGAUCAAUGAUGAAUUAGGUAAAGGAUAUAAAGCUCGAGGUAUGGCAAAAGUGAUGUUGGGCUUAUGGGAAGAUGCUGCAAGAGAUUUGCAUAUGGCUUCCAAGUUAGAUUUUGAUGAGGAGGCUACUGUGAUGCUUAAAAAGGUUGAAUCCAAUGUCAAGAAGAUUGUAGAACACCGGCAAAAAUACGAAAAGCUUCACAAAGCAAAGGAGCAGAGGAAGGCUGAGCUUGAAAGGCUGAGAAAAAUGCAGGAAGCUCAAAAUGAAUUUGGUUCAUUCUUGAAGGAUGGACAAGUAAUUCCGGUGGAAUCUGCCAAGGACCUGAAAAUGAGGCUGAAUGCUGCUUCAAAGAUGUCUCGGCUUGCAAUCGUGUACUUCACUGCAGCAUGGUGCGGCCCCUGCGUCCACAUUGGUCCGAUAUAUACAAAGCUAGCUUCAAAAUAUCCCAAGGCGGUGUUCUUGAAAGUCGACAUUGAUGAGGUGCGCGAAGCAGCAGCAGAGUGGAGAAUCCCAAGCAUUCCAAGCUUCUACUUGUCCAAAGAUGGAAGCGUGGUCGAUGAAGAACUCCAGAUCAGCAUGAACUCACUUGAAAAGAAAAUUCUUGAGCACACUGCAUAGAUCUGAAUUUUGGAUAUUGUUUGGUUUUUACUAUGCAUUUUAAGGACUCAGUGAUGCUUCUUAUUACAUUUAUAUAUGCAAGAACUUCAUUCCAAAA